AUGAGCUUCAAGCAUUUGACGGAGCUUAGCAUAAUUCCGACCAAGAAUAUCGUCAAACAGCGUUUGCAUGGAGAUCUCGAGGUCUCUUCAUUCGCUGAAAUCCUCGGCCGAAUUGGUCCCAAUAGCCGUGGUGACCCAAUCAGGAAAGAUGAUUCCAUAAACAAAGCCGAUAAAGGCAUCCAAGUAUUCAUCUUGAUACAGAUUUUCAAUCAAUAUGUCGUUCCUCCGCGCCACCGCCAAUUGGCGCCUUCCGCAUUCGUUCGAGUCUCACCUCGCUGCUUGGGCGCCAUGAUCUUCACCGAGAGGCAACCAGAACGGUACGAAGUCAGCAAAGACACCGCCUUCGCCAUUAUGAACCAUUUCUAUUCGCAGGGCGGCAACUUCAUCGACACAGCGAACGCAUAUCAAUUCGGUCAAUCAGAAGAAUGGGUAGGCGAACGGAUGGCUGCCCGCAAGAAUCGUGACGAGAUCGUCUUAGCUACAAAUUCUUCACCGGCUACAUGGGAGCUCAUAAGGACAAGAUUCAAUGCUUCGGAGGUUAAGAAAGUUUAUGGUGUAUUAAGGGAAGAUUUUAGACGGCCGAAGGAUUCAAAGCGAGAGGGAAAUAUAAUCCUAAGUAGGAAUCUCAUCCCACUGAGCGAAUAUGAUAAGAAUGUAUCCUGGGAGCUGGAGAAGCUUACAAGUAAGAAGGGAGUUUUGCUACUUUACGUUGCGCUGGCUUAUGUGAUGCAUAAGACGCCAUAUAUUUUUCUCAUGGUGGGUGGGAGAACCGUUGACCCUAUCGCCGGCAGUAUCGAUGCGCUGUCCGUGUCCUUGUCGAAGGAGGAGACGGAUGAGAUCGAAACGUCGUAUGAGUUCGACCUUGGAUUUCCGCAUGUCUUCAUCAGCGGGACUUUGUUCAUCAAUGAGGCUCCCAGGGGUGGCUAUAGGCCAGACGAUGUGUUUUUGACGAAGCCGCUCGGGUCAUUCGACUGGUCCAACCUCCGAAGCCGAUCACGCCUGCGCAAACGAAGCAAUAAAGGCCCCUUGGAGAGGGCACGAAAAGUCGAGCAAAAACUUUUUCCUUCAAGCCAUCAAUCCGUCACCGGUAAGCGGGUGUUGGGUUGA